AUGCCAGAAUAUCCCAACGCCAAGUUCCCAGGAGUAGUAGUAUGGUCCGAGAUUUACAAUGUGAGCAUUCCCAAGCACUAUCAUCUGGGUGACCGCUCCCUCAUCGUGGGGCGGGACAACCCCCACCUCUCAUCCACUUACCUCCAACUCCCUAUCACUCAUCCCGCAGGUGACCGGUCCUGUCCUUCGCUUCGCCAACUCGAUCGCUUCGCAGGGAUACAUCGUCGCAUGCCCAGUUGUCUUCCACGAAUUCACAGGUCCUGCCGCGCUCGCCUACGAUGUGCCGGGUACGGAUGCUGGAAACGCCUACAAGGUCAAGAAGGUCCUGAGUGCCUAUGACGAGGAUGCCAAGAAGGUACCUUCGGAGAGCUCUCUACCAUGCGCACAUAAACUGACAACAAAUCCUCUGUAGGCGGUCGACCUCUUGAUGGAACACAAAGUGAGGCCUACACGAUAGUAACGGCUUUCGCUCAUCGCUGAUCCAAAUCUCUCUCGGAUCUGCAUGGACAGAACUGCAACGGUCGGAUCGGAACGACAGGAAUGUGCUUGGGUGGCCACUUGGCUUUCAGGGUAGGUGAUGGCUACCACGGUCACUCAGACCUCGUCUGUAGAUGUCUGUUCUGACGUACCGCUCGCCUCCCCUCGCACAGACCGCACUCGAUCCUCGAGUCUUGGCCUCGGUCUGCUACUUCCCUACGGGCAAGUGAGAUCGGUCUCUAUUUGAACCAGAGGCGCAUAUGCUGACCAAGAUGUGCUUUCUACUUUGAAUCAGAUAUACACAAUGGCGCAUUAUCCUCGACAGGCGACGACUCUCUCGUCCGAGCAUCGAAGGGUGAUCUCAAAGGCGAGGUCGUCCUCAUUUUCGGAACUCAAGAUGGCCAUGUCGUCAGUCAGCGCCUUGCGCCUCUAGCGAACGAGCCAUGCAUAACCAUCCCUUGAUUGUCAUUCUACAGCCGCUUGCGGGACGUAACCUAAUCCGCGAACAGCUCAAUUCCGCCGGGUUGAAGAUGACGUUCCUCGAGCUGCAAGCGAACCACGCCUUUAUCCGGGACGAGCUUUCGAAAGUAAGCAGAUCGGCGACGAGAAGCUCAAUCAAGGCGGACGAUACUGAUGUACCAGUGGGUCCUCACGUUUGAACUCACAGGGCCGGUUCGAUGCGGCGAUUUCCAAAGUUUGCUUCGAAUUGUUGCUCGAGACGUUCGGGCGAACGAUCGGGAGGGAUCUGGGCGAACGGGUGGUGCAGAACAAAGGAGACGAAAAGCUCGUUUGUUGA